UCCCCUUCAUUUUUAAAGGAGGACUGAAGAAGAUUUUCCCUGAUCUUGAUCCACAUACCUUUCGUCUGCACUGUCCGCACGAAGGGAUUUUCUUGUCUUUCUCUUUCCUCGCACAAACAUUGUAACAUUUGUAUUCAUUACGGAGUCCACGGCGUUCGAGCGGGUUUGGCGUUGUGGAUAUGGGGUAUUUAAGUCUUGUUUUUAUGCAUCAGUGCUCUCGGUGGUGCUUCCUUUCCCGUUUUUACCCUCUUGAGAAAUUCACCAAAAUGUUGCAUCUGAAUCGCAUUUCAUACCUUUGCCUCUUUUUUUGGUACAUGGCAGGAGAACCACGAGGGGGUGCGCUAUCUGGCGGCACCACCGCAAGUCUGCAAGUCUGCAACACCGCAGCUAGAAAGUCUGGACAAGGCCCUGAUCUGGAUGGGACGGAAAUCUCGUACCACGUAUCAAGUCAACUUUUAUUUUUCUGCCAAAAAAAAAAAAAAACCAGUGAGCCAGUGACGUGUAAUGUUUUUCUUUUUCUUUUUCUUUUUCUUUUUUUGCCCCCUAUAAAAAGAAAGAAAGAAAGAAAGAUAUACAAUCUCAUAGAAAGAAAAAACAAAAAUUGCAAUUUAAACCAAUUGAGUAUAUACGCUUUUCAUCCCCUUCGUCUUCAAAUCACCAUGGGUUUUCAUGAACUUCCUCAAGUGAAAUAAAGUCUUAUCUAAUACUGGUAACUUCAAGUAGUCAUAACACAAUAAUUCGUAAAAAUCUCUUGUUAGGUAGACAAGUAGACAGAUAAUUGUAUUCUUCUUCUUCACUGACAUACGUUUUUGUUCUAAAUGCAAACGUGUGAUCUAAAUUUGAUUAUUUCAAGAAGCCAGGUAAUCCAAUCGCCAAGUGUGAAACCCCUUUUUUUUCUCGGGUCAGCUCGAAUCAAAAUUCCAUGUGUUGUGCGGCUGGUUAACUCCCAUUGUCGUAUCAAAUAUCAAGAGGUGUAGGUACAGGAAAAGGGAAAAGAAAAAGCGGAGAAAGGGGAAAG